AGCGUUCUUAGGUCUGUGCACAUUUCAGAUUAUUCGCUUCCCUGUACAGAAGAAAUCAUUUCUACUCUGAAAGAGAGAGGGGGAAUUAUUUCCGCGAAAGAAGACACCUUCCAAAAGGCGUGAUUUGCGUGCCAUGAUGCGCCCUGUGCAAAAAGUAGUUCCGGGCGGGCGCCGUGUUCCCGGAUGUUCGCUGUCGAGCGCAGAGCGGACGGGAGACGGUGGAGAAACCGAGGGACGAAACUGACCGAUACGCCGGCUGGGGCGCAGCAGGUCCGACUCGUGACAGGCGACGGCGGUGACACCGCAGUGCGAGCGGAGCGCAGUCCAGCCUAGCCCAGCCCCUGAGGGGGGUGGGGGACAAGCAGCGGCGGCGGAGGAGGAGGCGGCGGCGGUGGUGGUAGUGGUGGCAGCAAUAGCAGCAGCGGCGGCGGCAGCAGCAACAGCGAGAGUAGAAAAGAAUCCGGACCGGUCCAGCACCACCAACCUGAAAUAUAUAUAAAUCACCACAUUUGGAUUCUUAACUUCAUCUCCAUCUGUAUCUUUUGGAGUACUUUUAUAGUUUCACAAUGACGUCAGAACUGGAGAGCAGUCUCACUUCCAUGGACUGGCUACCACAGCUCACAAUGCGAGCAGCCAUCCAGAAGGCAGAUGCAGCCCAAAAUGCUCAUGGGCCAGGCAUGACUAAGAAAAAUGCUUUACUGGACCCCAAUACCACUCUGGACCAGGAGGAAGUACAGCAGCACAAAGAUGGAAAGCCUCCUUACAGUUAUGCUAGCCUCAUCACCUUUGCCAUCAACAGCUCUUCAAAGAGGAAAAUGACUCUCAGUGAGAUUUAUCAGUGGAUCUGUGACAAUUUCCCAUAUUACAGAGAAGCUGGAAGUGGAUGGAAGAAUUCCAUCCGGCACAAUCUGUCACUGAAUAAGUGUUUUCUCAAAGUGCCUCGCUCUAAAGAUGACCCAGGAAAGGGGUCAUACUGGGCAAUUGACACAAACCCAAAGGAGGACACGCUGCCCACACGGUCAAAGAAGAGGCCACGGUCUGGAGAGCGAGCCUCAACACCAUACAGCUUGGACUCUGAUUCUUUGGGAAUGGAUUGUAUCAUCUCUGGAAGUGCCUCCCCGACUCUGGCAAUCAACACUGUGACAAACAAAGUAACAUUGUACAACACGGAUCAGGAUGGAAGUGACAGUCCCCGAAGCAGCCUUAACAACAGCCUUUCUGACCAGAGCCUGGCAUCAGUGAAUUUGAACAGUGUGGGCAGUGUUCACAGUUUUACACCGGUGCCGAGCCAUGCAGAGCCUGUGUCCCAGUCUAUGAAUCUCCAGCAACAGCCACCACCUCCACCACCUCAAGCACAAUAUAGCCUGCCAGAACGGGAUAAACAACUCCUGUUUUUGGAGCACAACUUUGAAGAUCUCAGUGCCUCCUUUCGCAGCCUUUAUAAGUCUGUUUUUGAGCAGUCAUUUAAUCAGCAAGGUUUAAUGAACAUGCCCUCAGAUGCAACACAACAAACCCACACCUCUUGUUCUUUUCAGCACUCCCCAGUGAGCCCACACACGCACAGCAGUCAGAACAGCCUCACUAACAGUGGUGGACAGGUUCCAUUGUCCCAUCCCCCUCAGAUACACACACAGAACACACAUCCUGCUCACACCUCCCCCCACCCUCAGCAACACACACAGCAUCUUUCACAACAUGGGCAGCAUCCUUCCCAACAUACCCAGCAGCAUGGGCAGCAUUCAUCCCAACAGCACGGACAGCAUCCAUCACAGCAUCCAUCCCAGAACCACGGACAGCAUCCUUCCCAGCAUCCUCAACAGCAUGGACAACAUCCACAGCAGUCCGGCCAGCAUGCUCAGCAUCCCUCACAGCAUCAGAAUGCACAGCAGCACCAUCAGAACCACCACCAGCAGUCACUGUCACACCAGACUCAUGCACAGCAGCAGCAGCAGAUGUCAUGUAAUGCAGGUUUACUUUCUGACUGGUACCCCAAUCUUGAUGCACUAAAGGAAAGCUGCCGCAUUGCCAGCAGUUACAAUUGGGCAGAUGUUGACCUCUCACCAUUUCAAGGAUUAAAGGAGAGCAUGAGACAAGCAGAUCUCAAUAACUGGUCACUGGACCCUGCCCAGAUUGCAGAUCUUUGUUCUUCCAUUAACCAGUUUUUUACCCGGACAGGGGUGAUCCCACCUCAAGGGACUAUCCAAACUCCAGUGUGCCAUAGCACCAUGCAUUCGAACAAGACUGGCCAGCACAUUGCCACAGGAAACAUGUAUAUAGACACUAGGCAGAACCUUCAUGCUCCCAUGAUGGGGCCCCCAGGAUACCCCCACAUGCCACCAAUGAGCAGCGCAGGACCCACUAUGACAGGACAUCAUGCCACUAUGAACCAACAGCACAUGAUUCCUCCAGCCAACUUCCAGAUGAGGCGACUUCCUACUGAUGACAUCCAGGAUGAUUUUGACUGGGAUUCCAUUGUGUAAACUCCUCCUAGUGAAUUUAUGGAGACAGAAGCAGAUAAUUUGCUAGACCGUGCUGUUCGCAUGCUGUAAAGUGGGAGACAAUCCAGACGAGAAACUUCGGAAGAACAGGUGUUGUUUCGAUGAGAACCUUCGGAGUCCUAAUCCUUAAAAAAAAAAAAAAAGUAAAUGAAAA